UGACUAAGUCUACUUGUAAUUGAGACGGACUGACUUCCUUUCAAGGGUUUUUAUUUAUUUUUUACAUGCAUAUGUAACACCGUCACCAUGUUGCGUAGAAGAAGCGAAUUUUACAUCUUCCUCGACGGCUCCUCGGUGAAAGCCGAGAGGGAGGAGAGAAAUCUGAGUCCUUAUCAAGAGUAUCUGCAGGUGCUUCUACAAAUGAAAAUGACCAGCAAUGAUCAAUUUGACAACUUGGAGAAGCACACGCAGUGGGGGAUCGAUUUUCUGGAGAGGUACACGAAGUUCGUCAAGGAAAGGUCGGAGAUAGAAACCAACUAUGCAAAACAAAUUAGGAAUUUAUCAAAGAAGUACCAACCCAAGAAGAACUCUCGAGAAGAGGAAGAAAGCAAGUACACGUUCUGCCGAGCCUUCCUGAUGACGCUCAACGAACUCAACGACUAUGCGGGGCAACACGAGGUGAUCGCAGAGAACCUGACGUCGCAGAUCAUCACCGAGCUCUCGCGCUACCUGCUGGAUCUCAAAGCUGAGAGGAAAUCGCACUUCCACGAUGGCCGCAAAGCACAGCAGCACAUCGAAAGCUCGUGGAAACAGCUGGAGUCGUGCAAAAGGAGGUUUGAGCGGGAUUGCAAAGAGGCAGACCGAGCACAGCAGUACUUUGAGAAGAUGGACUCUGACAUCAACGUGACCAAGGCUGAUGUGGAAAAGCGAAGUUCCCUCAAGGCGCGGCAGCAAGCUCAGGUCAAGCACCAGAUGGCGUCCGACAGCAAGAGCGAUUACUCGUCCUACCUGCAGAAGUUCAACCAGGAGCAGAAUGAACAUUACUACACGGUCAUCCCCCACGUCUUCCAGAAACUUCAAGACAUGGAGGAGAAGAGGAUCGAGAGGAUAGGGGUGUGCAUGAAGACGUUUGCCGACGUGGACCGCCAGGUGCUGCCCAUCGUGGGGAAGUGUUUAGACGGCAUGACGUCGGCCGCCGGCUCCAUCGAGCCCAAGACAGACUCCAAGCAGGUGGUGGAGUCCUACAAGUCCGGUUUCGAGCCCCCGGGAGACGUUGAGUUUGAGGACUACGGGCAGGCCAUGACCAGGACGGCGUCCGACACGAGCCUGACCAACUCGCGGGACGGCAAAGAGAGACCUGCCGGCAAGAGCAAGGGCAAGCUGUGGCCUUUCAUUAAGAACAAAAACAAGCUUAUGUCCCUGUUAACGUCCCCCCGCCAGCCCCCACCUGCCCCACCAGCCUCAUCCCCGCCCUCACCCUCUGCUGUUCCCAACGACUCCCAGUCUCCCAAGCAGCACAAGGAGCCCCUCUCCCACCGCCUCAACGACUUCAUGGCAUCCAAACCCAAAAUGCACUGCCUCCGGAGCCUGAGGCGAGGGCUUUCUCUCAAGCUGAUCACACUCAAUUCCCACGUCCGGAAUCUCAUUGAGGGUUCUGGACCCGAGGACUUCAGCCACCUUCCACCGGAGCAGAGGAGGAAGAAGCUGCAGUCCAAGCUGGACGACCUCAACAAAGACAUCCAGAAGGAGAUGGACCAGAGAGACGCGCUGACCAAGAUGAAAGACGUCUACGUGAAGAACCCCCAGAUGGGCGACCCCGCCAGCGUGGACCCUCGGCUAGCGGAGAUCGGCCAGAACAUGGAGAAGCUCCAGUUUGACGUGCAGAAAUUCGAGGGCUGGCUCGCCGAGGUGGAGGAGAAAAUGCCGUCCAAGAGCGACUCGCACCGGAGGAGCGGACUUUACGAGAGCCAGAACAGCACGGCGGUGAACAACAACUGCGCCCAGGACCGAGAGAGGCCCUCGAGCAGCCCGGACGGCAGCUACACGGAGGAGCAGAACCCGGAGACGCUCGUCAAAGCCAACGCCAACCCCGCGUCCACCACGCCAGAGUUUGACGACGAGUUCGACGACGAGGAGACGCUGCCAACCAUCGGCACCUGCAAAGCCUUGUACCCUUUUGACGGCCACAACGAGGGCACCAUCUCGGUGGCGGAGGGCGAGCUGCUGUACGUCAUCGAGGAGGACAAAGGCGACGGCUGGACGCGAGUGCGCAGGAACGAGGACGAGGAAGGCUACGUGCCCACGUCUUACGUGGAGGUCUUUUUGGGAACAAACGCCAAAGAUCCCUAAGCGUGCGAGGCUGGCUGAGGAGUGGCAGGGCAAGCAGCCUAAGGGGGAAAUCACCGAGACGGCCAAUUAGAACCCAUUUUCCACGCCACACACACACACACACACACACGCACUCAAAGAAGCGACAACAAAUACAAACUGUUGGUGUUUGUCAUCCUAACCGCUUCUGCCGUAACGACACACGCAGUUACGCUUUCUGCCAGCAGAGCUUUGCCCACUAACCCUCCUCGCUCAGUGGGCGUGGUCAGAGAGAGGCCCACCCACAGGAGGCCCCGCCUCCCUCCCCGCCCAUCCAACAUGCUGUGUGAAAGUGUGGACGCGAAGGAGCUCGCGGCGACUGUGUUCAUCCCGCCAUCACGCCCCCCCCCCCCCACCGCCCCUCUCUCUGACCCGACGCCACCCUGGUCCACCCCCCCGCCCCCCCACUCCCGCACACCCCUACUCCCCCCGCCCCCCUGCAGGCUCGCACCUCGGCGGCCGUCUUUCGGGGUCACGCCGCGGCGUGCUGCAUGCUUGCCCUGUCGUCCUCCUCGCCCCCCCUUGCCACGGGAGUCGGCGGUGGUGGGGUGGCGGCCGGGUCACCCCGCACCCCCAUACCUCUCUUCCUCCGGCCUUUACGUUCAGUUUAACCCCCCCUCAUUGCCUGAUCGAACUCACGUAACCUGAAUGCGCCAUGACAGACCACGCCCCCUCCCAGAUUUCAGGUAGUGCAGUACGUUUGUGUUGCUGUCGUGUGAUGUCAUCAGCGUCUAACCCCGCCCUUUUACUGUAUAUGAGCCUGCGUCAUGUGACCAGAAUGAGAGACUUCCUGUUCAUUCUCCUAAAAUCACCGCAUUGGCAAGACUAAACUCGAGCAGUUAUGUCCAAGCAUCACACGGCACGUACCUUUUUUUUUUUUUUGGUCAUUUCCAUUUUUCUAUCAUUGUUUUGACAACUUCUGCCUGGACUGAAACCAUUUUACUGCAAAAACCACGGGCAGAGGGAGGAAUCAAACCUGCGACUUAAAGCAUGCAGGAGCGCUAGGGCCGCGCUGAAGAGAAAACCACGUAUCGGAGAGUCGGUAGUAGGAUAUUUAAGUUGUAAUGUUCCCAGAAUCUCGUACCGUUACGAGAAUCAAGCUUUAAUUUUACGGGAAUAAGUUAUAUUAACUGAAAACAUGGCAAAUUUAUGGGAAUUAAGUUGUAAUAUUCAGAGAAAAAGUUACGUGAUUUUUAUCUGUAGUAGCAGUAAAGUCGUAAUUGGUGGACAAAGUCGUAACGUUACGAGAAAAACUCACAAAGCUGAGCGAAAUAUUUCUAAUAUUUAAAAAAAAGUUAUUUAGCCAGAAAACAUGAUUAGUUUAUAGGAAUAAAGUUGAAAUAUUCCAAGAAAAAGUUACGUGAUUUUUAUUUGUAAUAGCAGUAAAGUCGUGAUUGCAGGUAAAAGUCGUAACGUUAUGAGAAAAAACUCAUAAAGCUGAGCGAAAUAUUUCUAAUAUUACAAAAAACACUUAUUUAGCCAAACAAAAUGGUAAAUUUAUGGGAAUAAAGUUUAAAUAUUCCCAGAAAAAGUUACGUGAUAUUUAGUUGUAGUAGCAGUAAAGUCGGAAUUGACGGACAAAGUCGAUACAUUACGAGAAAAAUACACAAAGCUGAGCGAAAUAUUUCUAAUAUUAUAAAAAAAAAUGUUUUUUAGCCAGAAAACACGGUAAAUUUAUAGGACUAAAGUUGAAAUAUUCACAGGAAAAGUUUCGGGAUUUUUUUGAAAUCGCAGUAAUUGAAGGUAAGAGUCGUAAUGUUACGAGAAAAAACUCAAAGCUGAACGGAAUAUUUCUAAUAUGAUUAAAAAAACAUUAUUUACCAGAAAACAUGGUAAAAUUAUGGGAAUAAAGUUGUAAUAUUCACAGGAAAAGUUCUGUGAUUUUUCGAAAUAGCAGUAAUUGAAGGUAAAAGUCGUAACGUUACGAGAAAAAACUCAAAGCUGAACGAAAUUUUCUAAUAUGAUAAAAAAAAGUUAUGUGAACUGAAAACAUGGCAAAUUAAUGGGAAUAAAGUUGUGAUAUUCUGAGAAAAAGUUACGUGAUUUUUAUUUGUAGUUGCAGUGAAGUCGUAAUUGGCGGACAAAGUCUUAACUUUAUGAGAAAAAUUCACAAAGCUGAGCGAAAUAUUUCUAAUAUUAUAAAAAAACGUGUCAUUUAGUCCAAAAAAAUGGAAAAUUUAUAGGAAUAAAGUUGAAAUAUUCCGAGAAAAAGUUACAUGAUUUUUAUUUGGAAUAGCAGUAAAGUCGUGAUUGAAGGUAAAAGUCAUAACGUUAUGAGAAAAAACUCAAAGCUGAGCGAAAUAUUUCUAAUAUUACAAAAAAAAAUUAUUUAGCCAGAAAAAAUGGUAAAUUUAUAGGAAUAAAGUUGAAAUAUUCCGAGAAAAAGUUACGUGAUUUUUAUUUGUAAUAGCAGUAAAGUCGUGAUUGAAGGUAAAAGUCAUAACGUUACGAGAAAAAACUCAAAGCUGAGCGAAAUACUUCUAAUAUGAUUAAAAAAAAAAAAAAAAGUUUUAUUACCAGAAAACAUGGUAAAUUUAUGGGAAUAAAGUUGUAAUAUUAUGAGAAAAAGUUAGGGGAUUUUUAUUUGUAGUAGCAGCAAAGUCGUAAUUGGCGGACAAAGUCGUAACAUUACGAGAAAAAUUCACAAAGCUGAGCAAAAUAUUUCUGAUAUGAUAAAAAAAAAAGUUUUAUUACCAGAAAACAUGGUAAAUUUAUGAGAAUAAAGUUGUAAUAUUCACAGGAAAAGUUCCAGGAUUUUUUUGAAAUAACAGUAAUUGAAGGUAAAAGUCGUAACGUCACGAGAAAAAACUCAAAGCUGAGCGAAAUAUUUUUAAUAUAAUAAAAAAAAAGUUUUAUUACCAGAAAACAUGGUAAAUUUAUGGGAAUAAAGUUGUAAUAUUCACAGGAAAAGUUACGGGAUUAAAAAAAAAAAUAGUAACGUAAUUAAAGGGAAAAGUCGUAACGUUACGAGAAAACACUCAAAGCCGAGCGAAAUAUUUGUAAUAUGAUUAAAAAAAAAAAGUUAUAUUGCCAGAAAACAUGAUACGUUUAUAGGAAUAAAGUUGUAAUAUUCACAGGAAAAGUUCCGUGAUUUAAAAAAAAAAAUUGCAGAAAAGUUGUAAUUGAACGUAGAAGUCGUAAUGUUACGAGAAAAAAUUCAAAAGCUGAGCGAAAUAUUUCAAAUAUGAUAAAUAAGUUACAUUACCAGAAAACAUGUCACAUGUAUGGGAAUAAAUACAUUUGUAAUAUUCAAAGUAAAACACAUGACUUUUCUGUACAUUGUAGCAGUAAAGUCGUAAUUGAAGGAAGAAGUCGUAAUGUUACGAAAAUAAAAAUCUCAAGGCUGAGCGAAAUAUUUCUAUUAUGAGUAACUACUGUAAAUUAUAUUACCAAAGAACAUGGGAAUAAAGUCGUAAUAUUGAAAGAAAAAGUUCAGUGAUCUGAUUUUUGUAAUAGCAGUACCGUCAUAAUAGAGAAAGGUAAAAGUUGUAAUGUUACGAGAACAAAACCUCAAAAGUUGAGCAAAAUAUUUAUAUUACCUGAAUAAGUUACGUUACCAGAAAACAUGGUCGAUUUGUGGGAAAAGUUGUUAUAUUCAAAGAAAAAGUAUUGGAGUUUUUCUGAAGUUGUAACGUUGCGAGAAAAACAAAAUCUCAAAACUGAGCAAAAUAUUUCUACUACGAUAAAUAUGUCAAUACCAGAAACAUGGCACAUUUGUAGGAAUAAAAUUACAAUAUUCAGAGAAAAAGUCAUGUGAAAUUUUAUUUAUGUAUGUUAUAGCAGUCCAGUCGUAACUGGUGAAAAAAGUCGUAACGUUACAUGAACGAAAUCUCAAAUUUAAGCCGAAUAUUUCUGACAUGAAUAAGUUAUAUUAACCAGGGUAAUUUUACGAGAAUAAAGUUGUAAUAUUCAGAGGAAAAUUCACAGGAUUUUCUUAGAACACUUUAUGGUAUUAAAGUCGUAAUAUUCAGAGAACAAGUUACGCGAUUCUUUAUGUACGUUACAGCGGUGAAGUCGUAAUUGGAGGAAAAAAUCGAAACGUUACAUUUCAUUUCAAAGCUAAGCAAAAUAUUUCUAUUACGUGAACAAGUUAUAUUUCUAUAAAACUUUAUGGGAUUAAAGUCGUAAUACUCAGAGAACAAGUUACGCCAUUUUUUUGUAUGUUACAGCAGCGAUGUCGUAAUUGGAGGAAAAAUUCAAAACAUUACGGGAACAUUUCAUUUCAAAGCUAAGCAAAAUAUUUAUUUUAUGUAAUCAGGUUAAAUUUCUAGAAAAUUUGUCGUAAUAUUCAGAGAACAAGUUACGCGAUUUUUCUGUACGUUACAGCGGUGAAGUCGUAAUUGGAGAAAAAAAUGGAAACGUUACGGGAACAUUUAAUUUCAAAGCUAAGCAAAAUAUUUAUUUCACGUGAACAAGUUAUAAUGCUAGAAAACUUUAUGGGAUUAAAGUCGUAAUAUUCAGAGAACAAGUUACGCGAUUUUUCUGUACGUUACAGCGGUGAAGUCGUAAUUGGAGGAAAAAAUCUAAACAUUACGGGAACAUUUCGUUUCAAAGAUAAGCAAAAUAGUUAUUUUACGUGAACAAGUUAUAUUUCUAGAAAACUUUAUGGGAUUAAAGUCUCAAUACUCAGAGAACAAGUUAUACGCCAUUUUUGUACGUUACAGCGAAUGAUGUCGUAAUUGGAGGAAAAAAUCCAAACGUUACGGAAACAUUUAAUUUCAAAGCUAAACAAAAUAUUUCUAUCACGUGAACUAGUUAUAUUCCUAGAAAACUUUACGGGAUUAAAGUCGUAAUAUUCAGAGAACAAGUUACGCGAUUUUUCUGUACAUUAAAGCGGUGAAAUCGUAAUUGAAGGAAAAAAUCGAAAUGUUACGGGAACAUUUCAUUUCAAACCUAAGGAUAACAUUUUUAUCAUGUGAACAAGUUAUAUUUCUAAAAAACUUUAUGGGACUGAAGUCGUAGUAUUCAGAGAACAAGUUACGCGAUUUUUCUGUACGUUACAGCGGUGAAGUCGUAAUUGGAAGAAAAAAUGGAAAUGUUACGGGAACAUUUCAUUUUAAAGCUAAGCAAAAUAUUUAUUUUACGUGAACAGGUUAUAUUUCUAGAAAACUUUAUGGGAUUAAAGUCGUAAUAUUCAGAGAACAAAUUAUGCGAUUUUUCUGUAAAUUGUAACUGGAGGUAAAAAAAAAUCGAAAUGUUACAAGUAGACAAUAUUUCGAUUACCAAAAUAAAGUUGGGAAGAUACAGGGAUGAUGUAAAAUAUGUGUAGCUUGAAUAAAAAGACAUUGUUAUGAAAAUAAAUAUUACAUUUGCAACAUUUCAUGAGAAGAAAAGUUAUAUUUUAAUGGUGAAAUAUUUUCAAGUAUUUUGUGGGAACGUUACGCAUUUUUACCUAGUAGUCUUUUGUUGUUGUGGCAGAGUAGUUUAGUGUUCAGCGCGGCCUUAAUGCUCCGUAAUGAAACCACUUGUGAUUACAUGAAAGCCCUCACACACACAAACAGAGAAUAUAUAUAUAUAUAUGAAUAAAGAUGAAAACGGAAUAAAACGAUCUAUUUUAACUCGUGUUUUGCAGGAGUGAAACGACCACAACGGUGUGUUUUUGCACUUUUUGUCUCUCGUCUUUUUUUCCGCCGGGGUCGAUCAUCGCUUGUGUUUCUUUUUUCUGGAGCACUGAAUACUUUGUAUUUGUGUUGACCGUGCCAAUUAAAAACAAUUGCCUGGGAAAAGUCA